AUGGCAGAGAAUACACGCCUGAAGGAACUACAAGCUGAUAUGAAGAAGACGAAUGAGUUUGUAGAAGGAGCUAAGGGGCGUUUUGACCAGAUUGAUCGACGAUUCGAUUCUAUGGAAUCACUGCUACAUUCCCUAGUGCAGUCGAUGGAUAGCUGGAAGCAACAAACAGAAUCGUCCCCACCAAGAUUUAAGGAGUCAACCUCCGGCAUACCAAUUGUAGAAUCGGUAAACUUCGGUCAGAACCCGCAUAAAACCAUUAAGGUGGAUUUUCCACAUUUCGACGGAUCGGAUGCGCUGGACUGGAUUUUUAAGGCAGAAAGGUACUUCAAGUAUUUUGAGAUACAAGACCCGCAGAGGUUAAUGAUCGCGUCGGUACACCUUGAUGGAGAUGUGUUGCCGUGGUUCCAGAUGAUGGAAAAAUCAGGAAGAAUUCCGACUUGGAGUAUAUUCGCCAAGGCGGUAGAAGCUCAAUACGGACCGACUCAAUUUGAAUGUCCACGGUCUCAGCUCUUUAAACUGACUCAACAAGGACUCGGGGGUAAACUGGAGGAAUACAAUCAGAAAUUUCUAGCUCUAGCAAACCGGACCGAAGAAAUCCCGGAGGCGGCCCUGUUGGAUUGCUAUCUUGGGGGACUAUUGCCCGAGCUGAAACGGGAUGUAUUGCUGCAACGACCACCGACAGUAUUACACGCCAUGUCCAUAGCACGACUAUUUACAGACAUGGCGACCACGGGAUUUUCGGCAAUGAAGAAUUCGACUGGAAGUGGGAAUAUCCCGAAGGCUAUAGUGCCUUACACUGGAGCUCGUUCCAACCCAUCCGCAACGGGCCUGGGAGGAGGAAAGUCAAACUUACCUCCCUUAUUACCAACGCCAAAAAUGCCCCCCAUUAAAAAAAUGACAGCAGCAGAGAUGCAGAUACGGCGAGAAAAGGGACUCUACUAUACCUGUGAUGCCAAAUUUACGCCAACGCACAGGUGCCCGAAUAAACAGCUGAUGUUAUUACAGAGUGAAGGCGAGUCAAAUGAAGAAGAAGAUGAGACCCCUGAGAUUAUUGAAGCUGACGCUACGUUGCAUCAUUUAUCGCUCUAUGCGUUAAGAGGAACUCAAGGUCCAGCAACGAUCCGAUUUCAGGGCACUAUUCAGGGAACGACGGUGCAAAUACUCCUGGACGGAGGGAGUUCGGAUAACUUCAUACAUCCUCGCAUUGUAGCGCAUCUAAGAUUACCAAUAGAAGAGGCAACUCCUAUCCGAGUGUUGGGGGGAACGGGAGGCAAAAUCCUAAAAAGUGCAGAAGAGGUCCGGGACGUAGGCAUACAGAUCAAUGGCCACACGAUUUUUUUGACCCUUUACGUACUACCAAUCACGGGAACCGAUGUGGUGAUGGGGGCUGACUGGCUUGAGACACUUGGGGCCCACAUUGCUGACUAUAGCACAUCCACCAUCAAGUUUCUGCAGGAUGGAGAAUGGAUUGCGUUGACGGGAUUUAGAGGACCCACCGUGAUAUCAGCCCAAUUUCACCACCUCAGUCGCCUGCAGCAAGUCGAGGCAGUAGCUGAAUAUUUUAUGCUGGAAAGGAUCAUUGAUGAGUCGGAACAAGGGACCGUAGAGCAUCAGGGGGCACCGGAGGAACUCACGAAUCUGCUUCAUCGGUUUGCCAAGGUGUUUGAGAACCCACACGGUUUACCCCCUUCUAGAGGGCACGAGCACCGAAUCGAUUUAUUACCAGGCACAGGUCCCGUGCGGGUACGACCAUACCGCUACCCAGUCAGUUAG